GCGGGGCGGGGCGCAGGCGCCGUUGGGCGGUGGCGAUCGCCGCGGUACCCAAGGUCCCGGUGCCGGCCCCCCCCUCCCGCCGCGCAUCCUCGGUCCCGCUAUAUAACAGGGGAGCCCGGCGCUGCGCAACCUCGGGGAAAUAAUAAUAAUAAUAAUAAAAAGAAAAAAAAAAAAACCACAAACAGCAAAAAACCCCCACCAACACGCGCGGCGCCCUCGCACGGAGAGCUGCGCCGGGGUUAUGAGACCGUCACCGCACAGGAGAGGCUGAGCAACGGAGGGGCUCACCAUGACCAAGUCGUACAGCGAGAGCGGGCUGAUGGGCGAGCCCCAGCCCCAGGGGCCCCCGAGCUGGGCGGACGAGUGCCUCAGCUCCCAGGACGAGGAGCACGAGGUGGACAAGAAGGAGGAGGACCUGGAGGGUCUGCAUGCCGAGGCCGAGGAGGACUCGCUGCGGAACGGCGAGGAGGAGGACGAGGAGGACGACUUGGACGAAGAGGAGGAAGAAGAGGAGGAGGAGGAGGACGACGACCAGAAGCCCAAGAGGCGGGGCCCCAAGAAGAAGAAGAUGACCAAGGCGCGGAUGGAGCGCUUCAAGCUGCGGCGCAUGAAGGCCAACGCGCGGGAGCGCAACCGCAUGCACGGCCUGAACGCGGCCCUGGACAACCUGCGGAAGGUGGUGCCCUGCUACUCCAAGACGCAGAAGCUCUCCAAGAUCGAGACCCUGCGCCUGGCCAAGAACUACAUCUGGGCGCUCUCCGAGAUCCUGCGCUCGGGCAAGAGCCCGGACCUGGUCUCCUUCGUGCAGACCCUCUGCAAGGGCCUGUCGCAGCCCACCACCAACCUGGUGGCCGGCUGCCUGCAGCUCAACCCGCGGACUUUCCUGCCCGAGCAGAGCCAGGAGGUGCCGCCCCACGCGGCGGCGGCGGCGGCGGCGGCGGCGGGCGCGCCCUUCCCGGCCCACCCGUACCCCUACCAGUCGCCGGGUCUGCCCAGCCCGCCCUACGGCACCAUGGACAGCUCCCACCUCUUCCACCUCAAGCCGCCGCACGCCUACGGCGCCGCGCUCGAGCCCUUCUUCGAGAGCGGCCUGGCGGAGGGCGCCAGCCCCGCCUUCGACGGGCCGCUCAGCCCGCCCCUCAGCGUCAACGGCAACUUCUCCUUCAAGCACGAGCCGGCCGCCGACUUCGACAAGAGCUACGCCUUCACCAUGCACUACCCCGCCGCUGCCGCCGCCGCCGCCGCCGCGCUGGCCGCCGCGCCCGCCCACGCCGCCAUCUUCCCGGCCGCCGCCUCCCGCUGCGAGAUCCCCGUCGACGGCCUGGCGCCCUACGAGGGCCACCCCCACCACGAGCGGGUCCUCAGCGCCCAGCUCAACGCCAUCUUCCACGACUGAGCCUCCCCCGCCGCCGCCGGAGGAGCGAGGGGAAGGGAAGGGAAGGGAUGGGCCGAGGCGAGGCGAGGCGAGGCGAGGCGAGCCCAGCCGCCCGCCGCCGCGUCGCUGCCGGGGGGCGGCCCGGCCGGGCCCCGCCGCUGCCCCGGGCAGCCGCCCGCCCGCCCGCCCGCCCGCCGCCCCGCUCCCGCUGCCCGGAGCCACGCCGUACAUCUGGGGUAGGGGCGCUGGGAGCGCGUCACUCACCUGAUCGGGAUAACAAAAUCACAAGCAAUAAUUAGGAUCUAUGCAAUUUUUAAACUAGCGAUGGGCCAAUUACAAAAUAUAUAUGAAAUCUAUAUUUUUCAACCAACGUUUUACUACUUGUUACCUUUCCCAUGCUGAAUUAUUUUGUUGUGAUUUUGUACAGAAUUUUUAAUGACUUUUUAUAACGUGAAUUUCCUAUUUUAAACCAUGCAGCUUCAUCAAUUUUUAUACAUAUUGGAAAGGUAGAAUUAUAUCUAAUUUAUACAAAAUAAUUUAACUAAUUUAAACCAGCAGAAAAGUGCUUAGAGAAGUUAUGUUGCCUUAGCACUUCUUUCCUUUCAAAUAGUUGAAGAAAAAAAAAAAUGCACAAUCCGGACAAUUUCUUUCCCAUAAAAGUAUCUUUUAUUUCUUUCUUUUCUUUUCUUUUUAUUUUUUCUAAUUUUUUUUUUUCCUUUCCCCCCACCAACAAGAACCAGAUCCCCUAGGUCUUGAGAAGAUAGAAGAACGAGAGACUUAUUUUCUAUUAAAACAUAUCAAUUCAACACAUUACUUGCACAAACUUGUAUAUAAAGAUUAUAAGCAAAUGCCAACACCCUUUUUAAAUCGAAAGCUGCUUGACUAUCACAUACAAUUUGCACUGUUUCUUUUUAGUCUUUGAACCCUUUGGCAUUCCGUGGUUUUUUUGAAGAGAACUUGAAGAUGUUAAUGUUUCCAGGCGAUAUAAAUGCAUGAUUUUAUACAUGUUCACACAAUCCGUGGUUGUCAUAUGCUCAUCUUAUAAAUCGGAACCUAAAACUAAUCAGGUUGUUAAAGUCGGGCUAUAUACCUAUUGUAGUCGAUUAGUACGGUAGCUUGAAACAAAUUCAAACCAUUUAAUCCGUAAUUAGAACAAUAGCUAUUGCAUGUACAAUGCAGUCCAGAAUAAGUGCUGUUUGAAAUGUAACGCUGGUUCAACUGGAAUCAAUCUGUACUGUAAUUUUGUUUGUAAUCCUGUAUAUUAUGGUGUAAUGCACACUGGGAUUUUAGAAAAAACAUCCAUCCUUUGGCAACAACAUAGUAUUGAACAUUUGGUCGAAUGUUGCAUUUCUCCUUAAAUGUGAUCUUUUUUUUUUUUUUUUCCUUAGUGUAAGUAAUUCCUAUGGGAUUAUUGUUUUAUUUGGAUAGCUCAUGAAAGGUGCAACACGUAUUAUUUGUAGAAUAAAAUUGGACUAAGAAAAGG